UCGGCACCAUGUCCGAACACGUCUACAAGUUCAACGUUGUCAUGACCUGCGGUGGUUGCUCCGGCGCCAUUGACAGAGUCUUGAAAAGGCUUGAUGGUAUGAACCCGUGGCGGCUGGCUUCAGAAGCCUUAGAUCAAGGGAAUCUGCUAACGUUUGGAACUUUGUAGGCGUCAAAGAGUACAACGUUUCCCUCGAGAACCAGACUGCC